UUUUUUGUGCUCGGUUUCGGUGCUCGGGCAGCAAGUUGUGGGUCCCGAAUCCGACGAAAACGAGAAUAUAGCGAUUUUGAUUCUGUUUCUGAUUUCAAUUUCGAUUUCAGUUGUAUUUUUCUGCUGUUUUCAGUUGCCAAAAGUUUCAAGUUUUUAGUAUUGUGUGCGGUUCGAUGGUGCAAGUAUAGGCGAUUUGUUGCGAUUAGGCGGACCUCGGUUACUUGUGAUUGCGAUAAGAAAAAAACACCUUUCAUUUCUUUGGUGUGUAUUUUUGUUUGUUUUGUUUUUAUUUUUUUCGCUGAGUGUAUAAUUGAAGCGACCUCUGACACUGAUUCAGAUUUUAAGUUGAUGGCAAUGCAUUUAAAGUUGAAAACGGUCCUCAAGCAGCUAAUUUGAAUUCGCUUUCGAAUAGAUUUGUGUCGUUUUUUUCUUGUAUUUGUUUAAAAAAGUUUUUUCUCCUAGUGUAUUGGUGUCACAAAUUUGAAAAAAAAAAAAUCACAGUGAAAUCUGGCAGCGAUGAGUUGGCCCCGGUGGUGACUGUGCACGCGUUUGGAAUACAAAAUAUAGGUGAUUGUGGGUCUCGCGCGCUCACCGCACGGAUAAAUGGUGUUGUUUUGAAUUCUUAUUACUAUCAUCAUCAUCAUUGAUAUUGUAACGCGGUGGUUCUCUAUUGUUUUUUUUAUAUAUUUUGUUUAUUUGAGAAAUUGAGCAAGUAUUUGUAAAAAUCGUAAUAUUGCAAGGCAACACGCGCAACAACACCGUCGUCGUACUUAUUUUUCGAAUUCAACAAGUGGCCAUAGGUGACAGUGAGUAGCAAGCAAUUUUUUAUCAGCUUGAAGCAAGCACAGUGCUGCACAUAUCCACGCUUAUAUUGUUUAUUAUCAUCUGUCUUGAGCAAAUAUUAUAAGCAGCAGCAGUACAUACAUAAUCUAAUGGAGAAAAGAGAAGGUAGACAAGCUGUUAUAUUGCUUGGCUUGAUUGUAUAGUGGAGAUAAGUGGCGACAGCUCCCCCUGUGUUUUUUUUUUUAUUGCUGCCGGUCGUCAUCGUCACUACUUGGCCUAGAAGCUUUAUAGAUAUUGUGAGCGAGCGACGAUAAAGUCUACGAAAAGGCUAUUGUUGUGGAUCGAACUAUAUAGCAGAGCAGGCAGCAACCCCCCGGAGUAUGAAUUGGCGCUGCUUAAUAAAAGAAUCUUCAUGCGUCCUUGAAUGAAUUGUUUAUUGAAAGUUACCGUUGCUGAAGUAUCCAACCAAGCAGCACACAUCCUUUUCAUCAAUCUGAACAAUGAACAUUGAAGAAUUUGAAUCUGAAUGAACAAAAAAAAAAAAUAAAAUUCAAUUUUUGACAUUUUGCAUAAGUAAAUAACGCACUGCCAAGACACAGUACCUACAUACUAUGAAGCAGUGUUUGGCAUGUGAAAAAGAUAAAGAAUGUCCUUCAUAUCCUUUUGCGAACAACAAAAAAUUUGGCUUCAAAAGUUUCACGUGCUAGAGUGGGUGAUAAUAUUCUAAAGGCAAUUUAAAGAGCAAAAAGAAAACAAUAUAAACGCGAUAUAAUACCUUCAUAUUAUUUUUUUGGUAUUUUAAUGUUCGCAGUAAGGAUAAAUACAAGGACCAAAAACGGAAAACUGUGGUGAAUUAAAAAAAAAAAAGAAGAAGAGAAACCAGAAAGAGGAAUGUUUUAUAGAAAUGGAAUAUCAUUAUAGUUAUGAAAAUUAGAUGCAAAGUGUGACAAAGGAUUUCAGCAGAAAGGAAACUCUCCGCAUCAUCCCUAAAGUACCUAUACAUAGAUAUAUAGGAGCGUUGUCCUUGCCGCAUUGCAAUUGAAAUCUGUGUCAUGGGUUGUGCGCCAAGUUUUUUGUCAGACCAAAAGGAUGGCAAUAUCUUGUUUUGCAUUAACUUCCGUCGGACACGAAGGAGAUGUAGUCUCCAAAAUGGGAAUGACGCUAUUCCCAGUGAUGAUUUAAAUAAUUCGAAUUUAUGCAACCAGUCGCUGUUGAACCCGAUGCAAAUAAAAAAUGAGUCUGAUUAUGAUAAGAUAAGUAGCGGAAAAAAGGAUUCCAUAGUUACUGUAGCAGCGCUAGGAAACUUAGCUGGAUUCAACACCAUUCACACAGUAGUGCGGAGAACAACUGGUAGUACCGGAACAUCGAGCUCAUCAGGGAGACUUGGACAUAGGAAGUCAUCUCUGGCGUUGACACCGGAAGAUGAAUCGAUGGAUACGAACAACCAGAAAUCUGUAAUGGAUUUAAAAUACCCAACUGUUUUACCACCGAAUCCUCAACUUAAGGCCUUAUUAGUUUUCCACAAAACAGACAAUGUAUGUGAUGUCUUUACAACUGCCUGUCAUCGACAGCAGUUGGAAGUGACGUUGGUCAAAUCAAAAGAGCUGGCUCUGGACACACUGCAAAAUAAUGCCAACAUGGACAACUUUCACCUGAUAAUCAUUGACGCCCGUUCAUCAAAGUACCUGGAUGCUGAAUAUAUAACUAGGUCAAUACGACACACAACUGGUUAUCAUUUUACGACAAUAAUAGCUGUGGUAAAAAAAAGUUUUUUUGACAAGGAUGAAUUACCAUUAAUUGCACUUUUAGACGCUGGCGUAAAUCGGUGCAUAUCUGAAACAACAAGUGUGCCAAUUUGUUGCACGGAACUGAAGCAGAUUCUUCAUUCGAUUGUUAGGCCACAUAAUGUUAUGUCCACGCAACAGGCAUUGUACACCGCUUUGCAUCGGCUCAAGGAAGUUCUCAUAAUCACAGAUGAUGUUCUAAGAAUACAAUAUGCUAAUAAGUCAGCUGAACGAUUGCUCAACAUGCGUUUGGACGAAAUCAUAAGUAAACCGCUGGCGGAUAUUUUCAUUUCGGAUGUUUCAUCAAUUAGCACACAAGGCAAGAACAUCAAAGAGUUUGAUGGAAUCCUGACUGUUAAGAGAAAAGGACACGAUGGCAUACCCAUGCAUGUUCGGGUGGUGCCUGUGGCAUGCAUAGGCAGGCAACCAACACAUUAUGUUUUUAAUUUUGAUGUUCCCGGAGGACAGACAGAUUUUAUUGCGUCAUUGCCACAGCCUAAGGAGGCACCAAGGGGAUCGCUUCAUUCGAUUCGAAGGGGCAGUUUCGAUGUGCGUUCGGUAGCCUCAGAUGGCUUACGCCGGACUAGUUUGGCCAAGCUCACUUCUCUGCCGUUAGAGGCACCAAUUACAAAAAUUAUUAAUCUACUCUCCCAAGUACAGGAGAAUUGCUCAGCGGAUGAGGCAAAGCUCAUAGAUAAGGUGAUGGAGUUCCUUAAGCGUGAAGGACUUUAUAGUCCUCAAAUGAAAGAAAUAAGAACUGAGGAUCCCAUAGCAACCGAUUUGAUUGGUGCUUUAUUAACGGGUCCUAACAUAUACUCGUCCAGAAGAAGCUCAAAUGAUUCUAUAAUCAGGACAUCAACCAGUCGGCCAUCAGGAAUCUUACCAGCCAAGAUGAAGGCUACACCCCUCAUUAUGGAACUUCUCGAAGAAUCUCUCUCGUGGGAAUUUGAUAUUUUCAAAUUAGAGGAAAUCACCGAACACCGGCCCCUAUUGUAUUUGGGCAUGGAAAUGUUCCGGCGAUUUGAUGUGUUUGCCACAUUUAAUGUUGAGGAGAAUGUGUUCAAAACAUGGCUGGCGGUUAUAGAGGCUCAUUAUCAUUCACAAAACACAUAUCACAAUAGCACACAUGCAGCGGAUGUCAUGCAAGCAACUGGAGCAUUUAUGACCCAAUUAGCAGCUAAAGAAAUGGUGAUGGAUCGAAUGGAUGAAGCUACAGCAUUAAUUGCAUCCGCAGCCCAUGACAUUGAUCAUCCAGGAAGAUCCUCAGCUUUCCUAUGUAACUCAAAUAGUCCAUUGGCCAUAAUGUAUAAUGAUUUAACUGUACUGGAAUCGCAUCAUGCGGCAACUACUUUUAAGUUAACUUUAGGGGAUGAUAAGAUAAAUAUAUUUAAGAAUUUAGACAAGGAUACCUAUAAAUCUGUGAGGAGUGUUAUCAUUGAUAUGAUUCUAGCCACUGAAAUGACGCGGCAUUUUGAAAAUUUAGCCAAGUUUGUUAGUGUUUUUGGAGCUGAUGUGGAACCAAAAGAUAUAGUACAAUCGGAAGAUGAUAGCCAGCUUCUUAUACGGCGGAUGUUAAUUAAAGUAGCAGAUGUUAGUAAUCCAGCGAGACCGCUCAACUAUUGUGUCGAAUGGGCUCGACGAAUAGCCGAAGAAUAUUUUACACAAACCGAUGAAGAAAAGGCUAAUUCACUGCCAAUCGUAAUGCCAAUGUUUGACCGUGCCACUUGCAGUAUACCCAAAAGCCAAAUAGGAUUCAUAGAAUUUAUAAUUCAAGACAUGAUCCAUGCAUGGGACAGUUUUAUUGACAUGCCACAUCUUAUCACUCACAUGCAGCAGAAUUAUUCUCAAUGGAAAAAGUUCGAAGAACAAGGAGUUCACACUUUGGCCGAUAUAAAAAACAAACAAGUUACUUUGAGCUCAACAAAAGGAACUUUCAAAUAACAUAAGGCAAUUCGAAGGCUGUUCGCUGGUUUUCUUUCGCCUCAACAAGUGCAGCCUCAUUGUUCACUAUCAUCCCAUGGAGAUAACAAUUAAAUGAUUUGAAAUCAAAAUUUGAAAACGAAAGAUUAAUGUUUUUUGAAAAAUGCUUGAUGCAUUCUCGAGAACACAAUAUUUAUUAAAAAAAAACAGAAUUUUUGAAUUGACAAUGUACUUGUACAUAAUCUUACUAUGUAAAGUUUCUUGUUGUUUGUCAUGAAAAGAAAAAAUAUCUCUGACUUUAUCUCAAACUUAAAGACGGAAACUUUUAGUUUUUAGUUAGACCAAAAAAAAAAAACAUUUCAAUGAAUAAUUUACAAAAAAUGAAUUUCAGAAUUCUAUUAAUUGGUUAAAUGUUAGAUUUAAAAACAACAAUCUAUUACAAAAAAAAAAACUCAUCUGUACUUAGUAGAUGCAUUAUCUUGAGGUUUCAAAUAUUUACUAUACAAUUUUCAAGUUAUGUUAAAUCAGAUUGAAAAAGAAAAAACAAAAACCAAUAUACUUCCAAGAGUUGAGUGAUUUAAUAAUUUUCUAUUUCUCAUUAAAAAAAAAAAAAAAUAUAUGAUCACUUUCGUAUAUUUUAAUCUUAGUUAAAUUUCUACAAGAAAAAAAAAAUAAAUAAACAAUCGAUUGUACAUUUUUUACUUUAUAAAUACAUAAAUAUAAAAUAUAGACUUCAACCUAUUCUAAGUGUGGCUAUGCUGGUCAUGGCGUCUUCUUAUUAUAUUUAAUGAAAAUAAAAAAUAUAAUAAUUUUAAUGAAUAUGACUUUAUAAAAAAUGAAAAAAAAAAAAUAAACAGAAAUAAAUUUAAACAUUAUGUACCUAUUUAGAAAAAUUUAACUUUUAAAACAAAAAGAAAA